AGCCCAUUUAAGAUGGAAGAAUCUCAGAUCCCGAUGGAGGACAAUAAAGAAGAAUCUGAUCUCACAUGGGUGUUUUGUUAUGGGUCAAACCAUCCAGAACAAAUCUCAAGAAGACUCAAAGUUCCACUUGCAAAAGUUUUAGAGAAAUGAAGGGCUUGCUCAGCUAAAGGCUAUAUUAGAGCUUUUAUGGGAAUUUCAAAGAAGUGGGAUGAAACCUCACCUUCGACUAUUAUCAAGAGUACGAACAAAGCCAGGUUGAAUAGUCCUGUACUUAAAGACUCUUCAGAUGAAUUCAAAGCUUUCGCAUAUGGAAUGACUUCUGAAGAGCUAUCGAUGAUGGAUAAAUGGGAAGGAGUUCCUUUCCAGUACAAGAGGGAAGAAAUCACACUGACAGGCAAGGAUGGAGUAGAGUUCGAAGGAUUGGCUUACAUAAAAGUUUCAGAUGAAAGGUUCGUCUACCCUAGUGAGAAAUACUUAGAAGCGUGUGGGAAGACAAUUAUGGCAUACUGGUACCUUCCUCCUAAGACUUCGGAGAGUGACAUAAAAUCUCCCACAGAGUCGUACUUCAGUGUAGGAUUUGAAGUGGUCAAUGCCACCACUGGGGAGAAGGAAGGAGAGUAUGAGUCCAAGAUCAGUUACGAUCAAGAUACUUGAGAUUACAUCUUGAAUGAUCUAUAUGAUUAAGUUUAGGGCAAUGAGCAGGAAUA